CGGCGCGGGUUUUCUUCCGUAAAUCUCCGAUCAAAAAACAAAAGAAAAAGAAAAAGGAGGGGGAUAGAGGAUGAACCAUAGCCAGCAGUCGAGCGAAGGCAGACACGAUGAAGACACUGCGCUCUCCGAUUUUCUGGCGUCCUUGAUGGACUACACCCCCACUAUUCCUGAUGAAUUGGUGGAGUAUUACUUGGCCAAAAGCGGGUUUCAAUGUCCCGAUGUACGAUUAAUUAGACUGGUGGCAGUUGCUACACAGAAGUUUAUUGCAGAGGUUGCAACUGAUGCUCUUCAACAAUGCAAGGCAAGGCAGGCUGCGGUAGUGAAGGACAAACGAGAUAAGCAGCAAAAGGACAAGCGCCUAAUAUUGACGAUGGAGGACCUUUCCAAGGCUCUGCGAGAGUAUGGCGUGAACGUGAAGCAUCAAGAGUAUUUUGCUGAUAGCCCUACAGCAGGGUUAGAUCCUGCAUCAAGAGAGGAAUGAAUCAAACUUUGUUUGUGAAACAACUUCUUCACAAUUGUUUUGGUAUGUUCUAGUCAAUUUACAUGUGGCAUGGGUGUGGAAAAACUAGUAUUAUUACCUUCUGCAGGCAAUGCUUUACUUCUAGUGCCUGUUUGAGAUAUGGAUAAUAAAUUUCAGGCAGUUGUUAUGUACAUUUAUCCCAUAAAACUGUCUGAAUUGUGUGGUUUUGAUUGCAUUUCUUUGUCAUGUUGCCACUAAUAGUGAGGUUCUCCCUUUUACACUCUAUUAUCUGAUUAUUGGAAAUGGAGAACAGUUUAACUGUUUGAGUGCCCA